AUCAGAUCUCUUUUAUUGGUCGCAGUGAUCGCUUAUAUGUGGUCCGUACCCCCUUAGCUAUCCUAUCGACACUUAUUCAUACAAAUCACUAACCACAACUACUAAUGCGGCCACUAACACCGUAACAUCUGUUGGAAUGAGAUGUGGAGACACCAGUACGCAAAGCCCAUUGGCAGUGUCUGCGGCGAUAGUGCCAUUAACAGCAACCACCACUGUUGUAGCAUCAUCAACAUCGGCACUCACAUCGGCAUCUAAGCAACCGACCUUAAUGCGAAUAGGUAGCAUUGGUCGCACCACCAUCGCAUGCGUUGCACCCGCUGUUAGAGGUGACGAUGGAGAGAUGAACUUGCUAAAUAAUGGCAGUAUGGGUGUGAUAUCAGCUGCUGCUUUGGCUGCUGCAGGCGUAGAAUUAGAAUCAGUGGAUGAGAGUAUGACCGAGGUGCUGGUGAAAAUAGAGAACUCCUCCUCUUCGACUCAAGAAGAAGAUGAAGACAUGGAAGCAGAGGCGGAUGCUGAGGGCGAAGAGGAAGGCGAUGGUGAUGAUGACGGCGAAGGAGAGCAGCAAGACAGCUCUGAUGGAAAAGAACCAGAUUUCAACUAUGAUCUCAAAUUGUCCAGCCCAAUGUCUUGGGCUUUUGAUACAGUGAAAAUUGAAAAUGAGGAAGAAUUCGAAGACAUACUCUCUGGCGGACAUGAUACAACCAACACCGAGGACGAGGACGAUUUGCUAACUACUGCAGCUGCAACAACAAAACAAGCUGCAGUCGGCUCGCCCAAUCAAGUCCCAUCAACGUCUUCGGAGCCCUCUGAACAGCCUGUCACACAGAGUGUGUCAAGUCGCUGCGGUAACGUACUUCUUAAGUCUAGCCAAAGAGGUGCCACCAAGCGAAGGACAUUGGCCGACAAAAGGGAGUCGAUUGUGCCAUCAAAACAGCAACAGCAGCAGCUUUUGGAACAACAACAGCACUUGCAACAUCUGCAAUUGCGACCGACUCAACAGACUUUGCAAUUCAAAUUAGCUUCUAUUCCCGCCACAAUCACCUCAUUUACAGCAACAACGACAACAUCAUCAGAAACCAAGCGUAGCAGCAACGGUGGUAACGACCAGACCUGUACUGAUAACACAAUCGGUAGCGGUGGGAGUGUCGAAGGCGGCGUCGCUAGUGGUGGAACUGAGACAAAUGCAAAACUCAACUCGAAUUCAAGCAGUACCACCAAAAACUCGGAUUUUAAAUCGUCCGUUUCCGAUGACAAACGAUAUCGCAUCCUUGUACAGAAUCAACGCAUGAGAAAGGAAUCGCUUGAGCACUCUGAAGAUAUGAUUUAUAAUGCCGAUAUUGAAAAGCCAUGGGUAUGUCGCAACUGCAACCGUAACUAUAAAUGGAAAAAUAGUCUUAAAUGUCAUUUGAAAAAUGAAUGCGGCCAGCCACCACGCUACUUCUGCAGCAAGCUCUGCGGAUACGCCACAAAUGUUCACAGCAAUCUAAAACGUCACUUAAACACCAAAUGUCGUGAUCGCAUGGACGAAGAUCAAAAGACCAAUACCAGCACUUACACUCUCGUGUUUCAACAAAACGAAUAAGUGAAGGCGGGCGUUUGUGAAAAAAGGAGGAAAAUGUAUAUUUACGAAAGCCGACAACCAUAGCUGCUCAUAUGAAUGCUCGCUUUUACUUCUGGGCUAUUUGCGAUUUGCGGCUAGAAGGGUUUCGCCCAUAGUCGCCAAAGUUUAUAACUAUUCUUGCGUAUAAAACUUUUAACUACAAACGUAUAGUGCAUAUAUAUUAACUUCUCUUAAAUUCAUUUUAUUUAUAGUUGCAUAUGUAUGAGUACUUGUGUUUAAAUUGAACAUUUAAAACUUUAGAAUAUAGUUUUAUAUUCAGGUUGCCGCUAGUCAAAGUGAACGGGACAUAUAAAAUAUGAUUUUAUCAACGUUCAUAUGUAAACACGUAAAUAUACCAAGAUUUAUGUAUGUAUAAGUGCGUUCAUUGAAAAAAUGUACACAUUUAAGUAUUCAUUUUAGUACGCAAAUUUUCGUAUGCAUACAUGUAAAAGUACUUUUUUUUUUGUUUUGUUUUUGUUUUUUGUUUAAACAUAGCAUGUAUAUUUUCGGUUAUGAGAAAAUAUUUCUUAUAGUCCUGUGUGGUAAAAGUGAAGUGCAAAAGCAAAAGUCAUUUAUGAAACCUUUUCUAGUCAAAUGAUGAUUCAUAGUAUUUUAGAAAAUUUAAUUACAUAUAGAUAUUUAUUAUAGCAUACGGAGUUAGUAUUGCAAUUUAUUAGUUGCUGCCAUUUUAGUUUAAUAUUUAUUUAAUAUAAAAAAAAUAGUUUUCGAAAACUUAUGUGCUAAUUUUUUUAGUGUAAAGGAAUUCAUAUUUAUAAAUAUAUUAAUAUAUUUUAUUUUUAUGUAUGUCAAUGCAAGUUCUUUGAAAUAUCGCUGACUUCACAGCACAUAUAAAUUAUAUAAUUAAGCUUCUUUAAAUAAAACUAUUAAAGUUGCAAUAUUGUAAAAAAAAACACUUUGUAAAUGCAAUAACUCAAUAUUACAGAAGCACAUACACACAUACACACGCGAACACCUAAAUAAACUGGCGGAAAAGUAAUGUUAUACUCAAUUCAUCGCCAUUAAAGUCACUUACAUAAAUAUUUAUUUGUAAUUUAACUUUAAAUGGCUAAAAAAAUAGAGCUAAAAAUAAUAAUAUUUGAAUCUGUACGCCCGAGAAUAAAAUGACUAAUAAAACACAUUUGAACCAAUUUAAG